AUGCCAUACCAACCUCCGCAUGGUGGUCAAUAUCCCUCCCAUUCAGAGUCGUUCCAAGCCCAACAGCCACCCCGGAUACCUCCACCGCGGCAUCAGCAUAAUUUUGGCCCGAAUUCUGCGAAUACAGUAUAUCCCAAACCUCUCGUUCACCCCCAGGCCAUAUUCCCCGCGCCUCCCUACGCGCCACAGCACCAGCAACAUGCACCACAUCCACAACAGCAGCCGCCGAACCCGCCUGUCAACUAUGCGCCUCGACCUAUUCAAGCCCGUCCUCCACCGCCCGCAAACAAUACGCACCUUCACUAUGGCGGAGUUCCGCCGCCCCCUCAAUACUUUCCUAUCCAAAGUCGACCCGAUACGCGUCCGUCACCACAGGAAUACUCGGCUCAACUUCCCCAACAAUCGCAAUCAAAAUUUCAACCUACUUCCUAUCCGCCACCUCCACAUAUGUACCCUCCCCAGGUUAUAAUGCCCCGCCCGCCCGCUCUACAUCAAUAUAGGACAGUGGAUGCCGUGCAACAACAAGCUGCACCACUGCCGAACUCUCAACUAAAAAGAUCGCAAUCCCUGAAACACAUGUGUUCCAAGUCCCCGACUAAGAUGCCACAAUCUCAGCCGCUCCCAGCGACGUCUGGGAAACCGGCAAUUGAUUAUCAUGUGCUACUUUUGUCACUGGCAGAUGAGUAUAUUGAUGCAGCACACAGUCAGGGAACGGCACUUGCAGUUGCGCGAGAGGAGGCAGAGACAAAUGAGUAUUAUAAGCUGAUCGCAACUGGAUUAGCAUGUUUAGAAGCGGUGCUGAAGGUUGGAACCCCUACGCAAUACUUGGUGCAUACAAUCACCUGGAAAUUACCACCGCGAACUGAGGCCCUGGUGCGGCUUCGCUAUGCCCGGAUAUUGUACGAAGAAACAGAAAAUGACUCCGAAGCGGAGACCGCACUCAGUAAAGGGAACCGCAUGUACGAUUUGAAGUAUUGUAUGCAGCAGCUUCUGGCCCGAAUAUUGUAUAAAUCAAAUCCAAAAGCUGCCAUGAAGCAUGUGGAUGGAGUCGUUCGUGAUGCUGAGGGAUACCGCCAUACUGCUUGGGAGUAUGCGUUCCGCUUUCUUCGAGUCACUCUCUCCCUGUCAUCCUCGGCACAGCAAGAUACGGCAGCUGCGAUACAAAACUUACAAAAAGUCGCCUCCCUUGCCAGUCGCAGCGGUGACAAAGCUAUUUUGCAUUCAUCUAGCCAUGAUUCGAUUGAACAGGCACAGCGGGCUUUGGCCACUGCGAGGAGCUACCAGCUCGACAAUAAAGUGCUCGACAUCCCGCAAAUAAGCACGAUGAUUCAGAUGAUGGAUAUUUGCUGCAGCCUGCUCGAGUAUGACGUUAAGCAAUCAUCCGAAAAGCUUCAGAUAAUGCAGAAGGUAAUGGAUCAGAAGAUAGACGAUCCACACUGGCAAAAUGAUGGAAGCUUUUCGCUCCCCCUCAGCCGUAAGACCAUGUCACCUUCAGCCACGGAGUCAACCGAUAUACUACAAGUCGAGGAUGGAAAUGUAAUGUUGAUGAUGCGCUGGCUUCCUGAGCAUGACAUCUAUGCUCUUUGCUAUUUCCUGAGCUCUGUUACACUCACAGCGAAGAAUUCGCAAGAUGGACAUAAAUCUGAGAAGUAUCUCAGCGAGGGUUUAAAGAUGAUACGGAGUAACUACAAAAACCCACAAGAAAUUCCAGAAUCCCUAGCUUACGCUACUGAAAGGAUUGAAUGGCGACGAUCUUUAUAUUGCAAUAUGCUUUUGCAGUUAAUAUUCCUAGCUUGUGCCCGAACCGACUGGGCCUUUGCUCGUCAGACACUCAAAGAGCUACGGUCAACCGUGUCUGAGUUGGGAACUAAUGUCAAUGAAGCAACUAUAUGCCUUAUGGAGUACGCAAGCGGCAUCAUAUCCCAGGGAACAGGUGAACUCAAGGCAGCGCUCGCAACUUUCCAACAGCCCAUCUUCGCGCUUAACCAGACUACCAGUAAAUCUGCUCGCAAUGAUCCUCGACGGGACACUGCCAUCCUCGCCGCUCUAAAUUCUGCGCUUAUAUUGCGCGAUCCAGCUCGACCCUCCCACUCCCAUUCUGCCGCCUCCAAAGUUCUUUCUACAAUCGAGCCGUUCUGCCGCGUUAGCCCUAACAAAUACAUCCAAGCCGCCUAUUUCCUAAUAUCAGCAACAACGCACACCGAAUCCACCAUCCAAACCAAACAUGAUCUACAUCAUUCCCUCCAAGCUGCAAUAGCCAUCGGCAACAGCCAAGUAACCUGCAUUGCCCUUACAUUCAUGAGCUGGAAAUACUUCCGCGGCGUCGUCGGUGAACAAUCGGAGAAAAGUGCCAAGGCCGCUAGAGCAAUGGCGCGAAAGGCAGAUGACAAGUUAUGGAUUAGCGUGACCGAGGAUCUGUUGGCAGCCACGCUGGACUCUCAGGGGAAAUCGAGAGAAGCUCAUGCUACUCGUGAGCAAGCAGAUAUGGCGUUAUUGGGCUUGCCACCGGUGCUGAAGAAGAUGAAAUCGAGUUCGUCGUCUAAUAGCAAUAAAGCUUACGAUCAAGGCGGCGAUGGAGGUGGGCGAUCCUCCUCGGAAAUGAUCAUGAAGGCAGUGGAGAUUUGA